CUCCCAUGAGUGUAUGUUCUAGUUAAAAGGUUUUAACAAAAUUUAAAUUAGUUAUUUAUUAUUAAAAAUGAUACUAUUAGAAAUAAAUAACAGGGUAGUUGAAGAGACGUUAACAGUUAAAAUUAAAAAUGCACAAGCCGGAUUAAAAAACGAAAGUAUUGAUGUUACUGUAGCAGAUUUCGAUGGAGUAUUGUACCAUAUAUCGAAUAUGAAUGGAGACAAAUCCAAAAUAAGAACUAGUAUAUCUCUAAAGUUUUAUAAACAACUUCAAGAACAUGGGGCUGAUGAACUGUUAAAAAGAGAGUAUGGUUCAUACCUAAUUGCUGCUGAAACUGGUUACAAUGUUUCUGUGUUGUUAGAUUUAGAAAAUAUACCAGAUAAUUGGCAAGAGUUUGUUAAGAAGUUGGGUCUACUGAAAAGGAAUUGUUUUGCUUCCGUUUUUGAAAAAUAUUUUGACUUUCAAGAAAAAGGUGAUGAAGGACAAAAAAGAGCUGUGAUUCCUUACAGAGAUGAUGAAACACUAUACGUAGAAGCGAAAGCAGAUAGAGUAACGGUAGUCUUUUCAACGCGGUUUCGAGACGAAGACGAUGUAGUCAUCGGAAAAGUAUUCAUGCAGGAAUUAAAAGAAGGCUUGAGGGCGUCCCACACUGCUCCCCCCGUCCUUUUUAGUCAUAGAGAACCACCACUAGAACUGCAAAAUACGGAUGCCAAAGUGGAUAAUAAUGUUGGUUAUGUAACCUUUGUCCUGUUUCCAAGACAUACGGCAAGAAGUACUCGUGAUAACACUAUUAACUUAAUUCACAUGUUCAGACAUUAUUUGCACUACCACAUCAAGUGUUCCAAGGCAUACAUUCACAGUAGGAUGCGUGCAAAGACUUCAGAUUUCCUUAAAGUAUUAAAUAGGGCUAGACCUGAGAAUAAGAGUACAGAUAAAAAGACUAUUAGUGGAAGAACUUUCAUAAGAAGAGAUUGAUGUGUAAAUGAUUAAGUGAAACGAUCCAUUCAAACAAGGACUAAAAUCAACUGCCGAGGUUUUAACCUAAAC